AUGAGUGGAAAGAUGCUAGAAAGAAUACACGAGAGUCACAUGGGCAUAGAGAAAUCCAAACAACGAGCCAUUAUUACAUCAAGGGACAUUAUGUUUUGGCCAAGAAUGAAUGAGCAAAUUGAAGCUGUUGUAUCCAAAUGCAAAACCUGCCAAGAAUACCAGAUGUCGAAUCCCAAAGAACCCGUGGUGCAAGGAACAAUACCAUCGAGACCCUGGGAAAUGGUCGCAACUGAUUUGUUUCAGUGGGAACAGAACAACUAUCUGGUCGUGGCAGAUUAUUAUUCGCGUAAUAUUGAAGUAGUCAAGUUGGAAAACACCACCAGCAGAACUGUUGUGAAUCAUAUGAAGUCCAUAUUUGCAAGACAUGGAAUUCCAUCAGUUGUAAGAAGUGACAAUGGUCCUCAGUACACUGCCAUGGAGUACAAGCAGUUCGCACAAAAGUGGAAUUUCGAGCACCAGACUUCAAGUCCAUAUUAUCCGAAAUCAAACGGUUUGGCUGAGAAAGCAGUUCAAAUCGUGAAACGUUUGCUAUCGAAAGCAAAACAAGAUGGAAAAGAUCCGUACCUAAGUUUGUUGGAGUAUCGCAACACACCCAUUGGUAACGUGGCUUCACCAGCACAAAUAUUGAUGAGCCGACGUUUGCGUUCGCACUUACCAACUACCCCAAAUCAACUUCAGCCAAAAGUUGUUGAUCCUGAGAGAAUGAAAGAAAAGUUCGAAGAAAAACAAAGAAAGCAAAAACGAUAUUAUGACAGAGGGUCCACGGAGCUUCCCGCAGUGCAAGAAGGAGAAGCAGUACGAGUCCAAGUACAGAAUAAGUGGAAACCAGCAGUGAUCAAAGAGAAACUGGAAACACCUAGAUCGUACAUCAUUCAAACACCCAAUGGUCAACGAUUUAGAAGAAACAGAAAUCAUAUCAGAAAGCAGAAGUAUGGUGUUCAGAUAUCAAGACAGUGGGAACCAACUGAAAAUUUCCAGCCUGAUAGUGCCAGAGAAGUUCGUGAGGAACAAGUCUCAGAGCCAAGUACUGAACAAUAUUAUAAAACUAGAAGCGGACGAUUGAGUAAGCCACCUGAGAGAUAUCAAGCAUGUUAA